CUUCCAAAAUCCAAACUUUGCCUUCCUUUGAUCAACUUUGAAAAAUUUCUCUCUCUCUCUCUCGACUCUUUCUCUCUCUAGACACAGAGAACUCCAUUAAUGGCGAGCGAAACCGAGCCCGCGAAGCUCCUCUUGCCGUACCUCCAACGAGCCGAUGAGUUGCAGAAACACGAGCCUCUCGUCGCUUAUUACUGUCGGUUAUAUGCGAUGGAAAGAGGGUUAAGGAUUCCUCAGAACGAGCGUACCAAGACAACCAAUGCCUUGCUUAUUUCCCUCAUGAACCAGCUCGAGAAGGAUAAGAAGUCCCUGAAGUUGGGGCCUGAGGACAAUCUAUAUCUGGAAGGAUUUGCCUUAAAUGUAUUUGGGAAAGCAGAUAAGCAAGAUCGCGCUGGUCGAGCGGAUUUGAGUACUGCGAAAACAUUCUAUGCUGCAAGCAUUUUCUUUGAGAUUAUUAACCAGUUUGGUGCACUUCAGCCUGAUCUUGAGGAGAAACAGAAGUAUGCAGCUUGGAAGGCAGCUGAUAUAAGAAAAGCAUUAAAAGAAGGAAGGAAGCCAAAUCCAGGCCCUCCCUCUGGUGAUGACGAUCUGUCAAUUCCAUCAAGUAACCCUGAUGGCGCAUAUGAUACUGCGCCUAGUGAAUCUGCAUCCGUUAAUUCCAGACAGGAACCUGAUCCAUCUCAGUUCUAUGAUUCGGUUAACGACAAACUGUCUUCAAAUAUUCCCCCGCCGGCCAAGUUUCAUGAUAAAGUGAACGACCAACAUUCUACAAACAUUCCACCAUCAUUUCAGUAUCAAGAUAAUAAUCAACAUCCGCCACACCAUUUCCAUGAUGACGUCAACAAUCAGCAUUCCAUAAACGUCCCAACAGCUCCUCAAACUUACCCGACUGCCAGUUGCUCUGCACACGACUUCCCUCCACCUCCGUCUCAUAGACCCGAAAUUUCAGAUUAUCCUCAGCCAUACCACCAUCAAUCCUAUUCCCAAGAACCCCAGCAGCAUUUGCCUCAUAAUUAUCCUCCUGAAAGCUCCUCUUACUCCUAUCCCCAUUUCCAAUCUUAUCCAAGUUUUUCUGAGAGCAGUGUUCCCGCGGUCUCGUCCCACUAUGCUCCUUUUUAUCAAGGUGCUGAUGCUUCCUACGCUCCCCCUCCCCAAUCAGCACCCCCUACAAGCAGCCACCAACCAACUGUCCAGUUCCAGUCAAGUAGCAGAAACGGGUCUGUUUCAGAACCUGCCCCUCCUUCAACGAAGGCAUACAAGUAUGACAGCAACUACCAGGCACCGCCUGAGAAAGUUGCCGAGGCACAAAAGGCCGCCAGAUUCGCGGUUGGUGCGUUGGCAUUUGAUGAUGUGUCGGUUGCAGUGGACUACUUGAUAAAAUCACUUGAGUUGUUGACUAAUCCAUCAGCCAAAGCCAGUCAAUGAGAUCCUUUUUGCUAAGAGAGAUUGUAGGUCAUUCUACUCUGCUUGCACGGUUGGCUUGUAAAUGUCAAAAAAUUCAUGCACGAAUACUUGGUUGUCUUGAACCUUUGAUUCGCAUUACUGGCUUGUGUGAAUGAAAAAUUAUUGAUUCAUCCCUCA